AUGGAUUCAAAGGAAUUUCGCCAGAGAGGUCGAGAAAUGGUGGAUUAUAUUGCAGACUACUUUGAAAACAUUGAACAGAGACGGGUCUUCCCAGAUGUCCAACCCGGAUAUUUGAAGGAACUGGUGCCAAGUGAACCGCCUCAGUGUCCGGAUUCAUGGGAUAACAUAAUGAAAGACAUUGAUAAGGCCAUCUUGCCCGGAGUAACUCACUGGCAACAUCCUCAUUUCCACGCCUUCUACCCAUGGACACAAUCUUACCCUUCCAUUCUGGCUGACUUUUUGGUCGAUGCAUUAAGUUCUGCUGGUUUUUCAUGGGCCUCAUGUCCUGCAUCUACUGAACUCGAAAUUGCCGUCAUGGAUUGGCUGGCCAACAUGUUAGGUCUACCAGAAAAAUUUCAUCAUUGCAGAGGAGCAGGAGGCGGAGUAACGCAGAACUCUGCAGGCGAAUGCUUAAUCGUUAGCAUGCUGGCAGCCAGGCAUAACGCUCUGAAACAUCUGAGCUCCAUCUACCCGAAUGAAGAUGCAGCAGUACUACUCUCCAAACUUGUGAUCUAUCAUUCUAAACUUGCACAUUCUUGCGUGGAAAAAGCUGGAAUGGUGUUAUUAAUAAAAACGAAGGGGUUAGACUUCGACGACAAGCAUUCCCUAAGAGGUCAUACACUUGAGACAGCGAUUGAAGAUGAUGAACGCAAGGGACUUUAUCCAUUUUUUGUGUUGGCGACUCUGGGCACGACUCCCGUCGGUUCGUUUGAUAACAUCCAAGAAAUAGGAGAGGUGUGUAAUAGGAGGAGGAUUUGGUUGCAUGUAGACGCAGCAUAUGCCGGCUCAUCAUUCAUAUGCCCCGAGAUGAGGACACAAAUGAACGGAAUUAAAAAUGUGAAUUCACUAAACAUAAAUUUGCACAAAUGGAUGCUGAUGAACUCUGAAAGUUCUGCCAUCUGGAUAGAUGAUAAGAAAGUUCUGAUAGAAACAAUGGCCAUCGAGCCGUUAUAUCUGCAACACCAUCUUUCAGAAAAUUUUUUAUCUUCAAAAAAGAAUUGGAGCAUCUCGCUUUGUAGAAAGUUUAGAUCGUUGAAAAUAUGGGCUGUGAUCAGAUCCUAUGGAAUUUCUGGCUUGCAGAGGCACAUAAGAAAUCAUUGCAAACUUGCAAAGUAUUUUGAAUCUCUAAUGCUGUCCGAUUCGAGAUUUCAAGUAAUUGGAACAGUUAAUCUCGGACUGGUUUGCUUCAAGUUAAAAAACAACCAUCUAACUGAGAAGCUACUCAGCACUCUGAACUCCUCGGGCAAGAUGUAUCUUGUACCGGCAGCUGUAAAUGAGGAUUUUAUCAUUAGAUAUGUUAUAUGCUAUGAAAAAAUGAACGAAAGACUUAUUGAAGAAUCUUGGAAUAUCAUUAGAAAUCUGGCCUCUGAAAUUUUGAAUCAGAACUAUGAGGAAAAAUAA